CACGAGGGCGGAAGCGGCGCCCUGCGCGCCUGCGCAGGAGGGGGCUCCUCCAGGCGCCGCCGUACUUCAACAUGGCGACCUAGGCCGGCCGCGCCAGCGUCACCGCGGGCGGGCGAGCGAGGCCGUCGCCGCCGCUGCUGCCGCUGUCGCCGUCAUGUCCCGGCACAGGAACGUCCGAGGAUAUAACUACGACGAAGACUUUGAAGAUGAUGAUGUGUAUGGCCAAUCAGUAGAAGAUGAUUAUUGCAUUUCUCCUUCAACAGCAGCUCAAUUUAUUUACUCCAGACGAGACAAACCAGCCACAUUUGCUGAGCCAUUAGAAGAAGAAUAUGGCUGUGAAGGUAGUGAUGCUGCUGCUGAUUGUUUUACACCCACUCAUCAGUUGACUGAAGUUGAUAGAGCCCGUCUUAAUUCAUGCCUUGAUCAAAUGAGAGAAGUUUUGGCAGAGUCCAUACCAGAACAAGCAAUGGUGCAAGCAGUACUGGAUACUAAAUUUGAUGUACAGAAGGCUUUGGAUCUUGUGCUUUCGCAAGGCAGUAAGCAAAAUGCGAAGACCAAGAAUAAGGAUGCUGUGAUUUUAGCAAAGACUACAAAAGGAGACUUACAUUGUUAUCCAGAAAUGUGUGUUGGUACAGACAGUUUCUCUUGUGCAGUAGACAAUUUUGCUGACAACACCAACAAACCUGGGUUUGGAAACUUGACAGCCAAAAGUGAUUCAGCUCUUAAUUCUUUAAGUACAAAUUUUGAAAAAUCCAAUAUACAUUCAUGUGAAAGGAAAGGAUUGAAUUCCUCUUCACUGGUUCUGUCAUCUGCGUUCAGUGAUAAUUUGUGUAAAGGAUCAUUUUGUGCACCUGUGAACAAACAAGCAGAGAAGCAACUAUCAGAAAGUGCUAAUGCAGUAAGUUUGGUUCCUGGCAGUCAAGAUGUUUACUCUAGCAUAGGAGGUAACCCAUUGGAGUGCAAGGAAACACAGGACUUGAAAUCCUUGAUGAUGCAGAAUAUGGUUUGUGAUUCUCUGAGUCCUGAACACAGCAUUCCUCUUUUUUCCUCAAAAACUUCUGAUUGUAAUAGAAAUGCAAAUUUUUGUAGUCCUUUAUGUUUAGCAAGUGCUUUAGGAAACUCGGCUCUUGAGAAUGAAAUCAGUCAUACUAUAAAUAAAAAGAAUGAACUUCUUGAAAAUUUUUCUUCACUUGCACAAAGUAGAAAGCAAGAAAGCCUGUCUUCAGACAUGGCUGCUUUGCCAGUGUUAAGAUCAGGAAGUACAUCAUUGGCUGAAUUGCUUCAGGAGCACCAGGAAAGCAGUUCUAGCCACUGUUACUCUUUGGCUGAUCUUUACACCCAGUCAACAGCAGGUCUCACUGAUAGGAAGUUGGGAAGCUCAUCAUUAUCACAGCUAGCAAGUCAACCCCAAAUUUCAGGUGGGAUGCCAGAGCUAACAGGAUCUUUGUCUUCUCUAGCCCUUUCUGAAGUUUGUCCAGUAAAGGAGGUUGAGAAUUUAUCACUCUCAGAUUUAAUAGCAGAGACUAUUGAAAUAGAUAAAACUCAGCAGAGGACGGACUUGCCCAUGCACAAUGUAAUUGAAUUGAGGCCCACCCAAGGAACCAACAUUGAUUUAAGUGUCCUUGUAAAAAGUGCAGAUGUAUCUACAGAGAAAAGUGUGGUAGGACAGUCAAAUAUCUUAAGUCCUGAAACGAAAAUUAUAAAAGAAAAACAAGGCAAAUGUUCUGGUUUUGCCAAAACAAACAGAAGACCCAAAAAAGGGCAUGGUUUUAAGAGGCAGGAUUUGUCCCUUUCAUGGAUAAAGGCUCUGCGUGCAAGACCUUCAGCUUUUGCUUUAACCUUGUGCCUCCAUUAUCCCCCAAAAGGGUAUAAGCGGCGCACAGUUGGGAUACACAAAACUUUCCUAUACAGUAGACAAGUACAAGAUGUAAAACCCAAGGAAACUGGUCCUACAAUAGCCAUAACACCAUUUGACUUCAAAUCAGCAUCUCCUGAUGAUAUUGUGAAAGCUAACCAAAGAAAAGGUUUUACAAGACAGUAAUGAGAAACAAAAAAAAGGCAUCAGUGUUGAUAUUGAAUUGUAUUAAAAAAAUUAAUAUAGGACCUACUUAUGAUCCAGAAUUUAUUUUUUUAUUAUUUUUUAAAUUGGCAUAUUACAAUUCUUGCUGAUAGGUAGAAAUUUGUAUGUGAACUUUUAAAGUGUUGCACUGAAUAUCCUAAUUUUUGCAUAAUUUUCACUGACAGUUUAAUAUUGUUAACUUUUGGAAAGUCUUGAACUCCACUAUACAGAUACUGCAUGUACAAAAUUCUGUAAACACCAUUAGACUUCUUGAAUUAUUGCUUUAGGUGUUGAAGAUACAGUUCACUGGGAAGAACAGUGAAUUAUUAUUUUGUAAAGUAAUUUACUUUUCCUAUAUGGUGUAUAGUUUGGGAAGCAGGAGCCUCAGUUUAUAUUACAACUGUUUUAUUAAAUGUUCUUAAGGUUAGAUUUUCUGAUAAAGGUAUGUUAUUAAACUGCCAGUCUUGUAAUGGAUGUUUCCAGUCAAUGUCAUUAUUCUAUCUUUAUACUGAUCACACUAUUACAACAGAAAUGCCUUUAGUUUUUAAAAGCCUCAAGGACCUCAGGUUUUGACAGUUCUGGUUGUGGUUGUACAUAUGUAGUUUUUGAUAGGACCAAAUUUGUAGGGGAGCAAGCAAUUAAAUUGUUGUUGUGCCCCACAACUCCAGUUAGCUAUCAAAAUGUGAUAUCCAGCAUUUUAAACCAGCAAUUUUAUAUGUUUGUACAUGCUGCAUGUAUUUAAUAAGAAGUUUCUGUAGCAUUCUGUUGUUUAUUCUCAAGCUUUUCAGAGAAGUGCUGAAAUUUCAGUACUUUCAACUGUAGCAUGAGAGUCUUUGCUCAAUGGAGAAAAAAAAUAAGGCAAAGCCUAAGUGCUGUUUGUGUCUGUCUGCCUCUUGUGUUUUUUGAUAAAAACUUCCUUAAGAAAUGGAAAUACAUUCUCUUCUGCUGACAAUGCAGAAUCUCAUGUUAUCUUUUGAAUAAAUGAAAUCUUUAGGUGAAAGAUCCAAAUCAGAACAUUCUGGACUUACUAUGGUGCCCUGUUAUUCAAAUUAGUAGCUGCAUAUAUGUUUUAACUUUCCUUUUAAUACACAUUAUGACCUCUAAUGUAUUUCCAGUUCAUUGACAGUGUUUUAGAUUCAGAACAGCAAUAAGUUCAAUAGAGAUACUGCUGCAACUAGAAAAAUGUGUGUUCAUAAACUUAUGCUAAACUUGGCAGCUAGUAUGAAACAGUAGAUAUGACUUUCAUCUAGUUUUAAUCCAAUUUUUUGGAGCAUAUUAGAUCAAAAAAAAGGCAAAACCUUCAGGUUUAUCCCUGACUUUAGAUUGCACUACGAUUUUGUUUCUAAAUAAAAUAAAACAAAACAUGUUCCAGUUUUCUCAGGUACAAAUUUAAUGGUCUGUAUAUUUUGCUUGUCUAGUUGAUGCAUCUGUCACUUAGUGCUAAGAGCUAUGUGAACUUCAACCUUGUGAAUGAAAUGGAUGUUUCUUACCCGAAUUAAUAAAAGUUUUAUAUAAUGAGUGCUGCAGUGUUUAUGUUCUAGUUGAUUUGUUAAUUUAUCCUAACCUAUUUGGAGUUCCUUUAAAGGAUUAAAUAAUACAAUCCAGUGUAUAUACUAUGAUUUGAUAAGUUAAUUAGCAGGAGCAUAAUUGAUCUCCUGAGAAGACUUUCUAUAAAAGUCUGGUGGAUACUGAUUGUUUUAUUGAUUAGUCAUAAUAGCAAAUCCUACUAUGUCAAAAAUACAAAAUGCUUUUCAGUGAUCUUUUUCUCUGCAGUUAAUCCAAGCUUUAACUUCCUCCCCGCUUAAAAAUCCAAGUCUGUUUUUCUUACUGACCAAAGGGUCCUGUUAGCAGAGUUUGUAAUUAAAGCUCACUUUUCCCCGAAAUUGUUUGUAUUUUUCUAGUAGAGAAAUUCUAAUUUUUCAAAAUAAAAUAUGAGUGCAAAGUUUGGCAUUGUCAUGCCUGUUGUAUUUGUAGGUGGUUUUGCUUUCCUGUGUUUCAGAUACUCCAGAAGACUUCAUUAAUGUCAGUAAUUAGAGAUUUCUAAUAUGUGUGGGUCUUUUAAAAUGGAAUACAUUUGCUUUACCAUAUAAAUAUUUUCUCUAACUUCUUAUUUGUUCUGGUCUGUUUUCUCAUUCCCCUGGCUGGCCUUAUUUGCAUAAAACUCCUUAGAAUUUGUUAUAAUUUUAGACAUGAACUGGACCUACAACUAAAUAUAGGUCCUGUGGAUACCAUUGGAACAAGUAGUAGGGGGCAAUGUGUAGAAGCUCAGUUUUGGCAUAGUUUUAGUGCUGAUUAGAGCUUGAACAAGUGUCUGAAGCCAAAGAGCAUCAGCAUUUUAUGUUUAUCAUGGAUCUUACUGUGGGACUGUUACCUUAGUAAACAACUUUGGUUCUUGUUAGGCAGCUAGAUUUUCAUAUAUAAUUACUUUCUCAUUGGCAUUUGACUCUGGUAUUAGUGGUCAUGAAGGAGCAGUAUAUGCUGCUCAGUGUGUAAAUAGUAGGGGAGGGGUUUUUCCUCAGUUUACAAUCCUGAAUUCUGAAGUGAGCCUUGAAUUAAUACAGACCUGCAGGCUGAACAUUGGAGAAGGUACCUAAGUGGUGGAUUAACCUGAAUUCCAAUUUCAGCAGAGAUUUAUUUUCAUGCCUAGACAAUUUUAUAGUUUUGUUUUUCUAAACAAAAAGUAUUGUGACACUAUAUUUGCUUUUAAAAUUAAACUGGUAUUUUAAUAAUUUCCUGAAUUAUUCCUUUAAUUAUUUACUGAGAAUGAGAUAUAUGGUAUCAAGGACAGGUUUAAUUGUGUUAGAGUACUGCAUGAUAUGGCAUGUCGCAUUUUUGUGUAACAACUGUCUGGCCUUUGCACUGAAGGAUUUGUGCCUAAUGAAUAUUAGAAUUCUAGUAAACGAAAUCCGCCUGUUUUAUGUUUGACAUGGUGAGCUUACUUUCUUAAUUUAUGUAUAUAAUUCCCCCCUCCCCCUCCCCCCCCAUUUUACAGCUACUGUCUAUCUUUGGCUAAUAUGGUUUAAUUGUGUUACUUGGUUUGGAAUUCACAUAUUAACAUUGCAAAGUACUUGUCUGUUUUUGCAUAUAAACAGAAAAAGAUAAUAUUAAAUUGCAUAGACGUACUACUAGUGUGUACUCCUAAGGCAUUUUGUACAUCAAAUCUAUUCUGUGCAUAAUUUUUAAAUGUCUGGUGAUUAUUUUUAAUACAAAAUUGACUUCUGGAUGUUGCUUCAUGUAUGUAAAUAAAAUGUAUAUUAUUAAAGGA